UCAGUUGGUCGUUGAUGAAAUUUUAGUGCAUAUGGGUUCCCAAAACAGGAUCCAGGAUGACCUCUACGACGAUGAACCGAACUUCCAAAAUAUCUGUUAUUAUCUCCACUACCUGAGGUCUCCUGUAGAGGCAGGUAGUCAAAUGAGGAGCAGCUCCCGGAGCAAAAAACAUCUCCAAACCCAGGCGAGCCUAGCGGGGCACAUGUCUGGGCGCUGUCCUUAUAUGGAGUCUGGUGGGCCUUGAUUGAGCUUCUUCUCGCCGCAGUUCUGUCAAAGAGGAUUAGAAUUUAGUAAAAAUUGUU